ACAACGAAUGACAGAAGGGGUUGCUGCAGCUUCUCGAUGAACUACAUCACCCAUAAUUCCUUUCUAACAUUAGCAGCAACAGCUAGGAUGCUGCGAUACUGCUGGUAGCAAAAGACUGCUGGGGUUGCAGGGCUGACUCGAAAUCCAUUUCUGCUAUAUAGAAGAUGUCAGUGGCUCCCAUUGGAAUAAAACUAGACUGCAGUUUAAGGUCGAUUUCAUCCGGAAUUAUUUAACCAACCAACCAAUCAGGUUACGCAAAUACGUUGCCUUACGAAAAAAAAUACAGUUUUGGUGGUAAAUAGAAACAAUGUAUUAAACCCCUGGGUAGUUGUAAGGCUACCCAAAUGUAUUCUUGAAAUAACUGUUAACUGACGAUGGGAAAUUAUUUGCGACGUCUUACAAAUUGCACCACGGACACAAGGCACUCGAAUAAGUGAUGCUCCGAGGAUAACCUGGAUAACCUACACGAAAUGUCCUAGCCGUCAGUAGCUAGCGCGGAGCUAGCCGUCAGUAGCUAGCGCGGAGCUAGCCUGCUGAUGCUCAAGAGAGAUGGAGAAGGAGCCAACGUUGAUAAAGAAUCAAGUCUCCCAGGGAUCACUGCUGGACUAAAGGUGUGCUUCAGUUAUAUAACCAUCAACGGUCUGUCGCUUGUUUACCAGAACGCUGGUCAGGCAGAUGGACAUUGCUCCUGAUACAUGUUUGGGCUGCCUGAACAACAUAUGUGAAGAUACGACAACACAAACGCUACUCGUUUCGAAUCGAACUGGAGACGUGAAGCUUCGGGUGUGUUAAAUUAUCCGUCCAACGGGAUUUGGGGAAUAACUAUUGGGGGGGGGAAAUAUCUUCAGCUGGAAGCAAGAACGGCAUCUGUGCAAUUUUCAAACCAUAAUAUCUUCUAUCAAUCGACAUCAUGAGGAAGUUCUUCGAUUCUCGUCGGGAGUUGGUCAGUUCUGGACCUGGUUCUGGAGGUGCUGGUGGGGGCAGUGGUUCCAGCCAUGCAGGUGGGAAUUUCAUUGGACGAGCAUACAUCGGACGGCACCAAGUUACCGUUGAGGAGAUCAUUGCAGAAGGGGGGUUCGCCAUAGUGUUCCUGGUACGCACCAAUCAGGGAGUGCGCUGUGCCUUGAAGAGGAUGUACGUAAACAACGAGCACGACCUGCAGGUGUGCAAGAGAGAGGUCCAAAUCAUGAAAGACCUCGUGGGCCACAAGAACAUUGUUACUUAUUUGGACUCCAAUAUCACAGCCAUGGGAGGAAGAGAGGUCUGGGAGGUGCUCAUUCUGAUGGACUACUGCAAAGGGGGCCAGGUGGUGAACCUGAUGAACCAGAGGCUGCAGACGGGCUUCGCUGAGGCGGAAGUCCUGCAGGUCUUCUGUGACACGUGCGAGGGUCUGUCCCGUCUGCACCAGCGCAAGGUCCCCAUCGUUCACCGCGACCUCAAGGUGGAGAACAUCUUGUUGCAUGACAAGGGCCACUACGUUCUCUGUGACUUUGGCAGCGCCACCGAUAAGUUCCAGAGCCCGCAGACUGAGGGAGUGGCCACAGUGGAGGAAGAAAUCAAAAAAUACACAACACUAUCAUACCGUGCCCCUGAAAUGGUGAAUCUGUACAACAACAAACUCAUCACGACUAAAGCAGAUAUCUGGGCGCUGGGCUGCUUGCUGUAUAAGCUGUGUUUCUUCACUCUGCCCUUCGGCGAAAGCCAGGUGGCCAUAUGUGACGGCAGCUUCACCAUCCCAGACAACUCUCGCUACUCCUACGACCUGCACUGCCUCAUACGCUACAUGCUGGAGCCAGACCCUGACAAAAGGCCUGAUAUCUUCCAAGUGUCCCACUUGGGUUUCAAACUGUCUCAGCGGACCUGCCCUGUUCAGAAUGUGAAGAAUUCUCCGUUACCGGCCAACCUUCCUGAGCCAAUCAAAGCGAGUGCAGCAGCGGCAGCAAAGAAGAGCCAGACUCAGAUCAAGGCCAGACUGACGGACCGCGUCCCCACCACCGAGACCUCCAUCACCCCUCGCCAGCGGCCCAAGGCGGGCCACGCACAGACCCCCGUCGCCGGCAUCCUCCCCAUCCAGCCCGCCGCGCUCACGCCCCGCAAGAGAGCCAACAUCCCCGCCGGGCCAGCCCAGCCCAUAGGAGUCAGCCUGGACCUGUCGCAGCCGGCUGCCGCUCUCCUAUCACAGAAGGCCCCCACCAGCCUGAUGCUCAACAACUCCAUCCAGCCUGCAGGGGUUCCUCAAAAACAGGUUGUGACUCCGCCUUCUUCCUUAAAUUUGGUCCUGGAGGAACCAGCUUUGGCUGCGGUUCCAGUGAACGACUAUUCUCAACAACAACAACAACAACAACAACAACAACAACAACAGGAUACUCUGGGAGAAGCUGUGCCGAGCCAACCAGCGGGUCCAUCUGGCCUGGUGGAAGGCACGGCCCAGUCCAGUGUGGUGCAGGACGGGGUCCAGCCCGGCCUAGGCGACAGACGGUCUCCCCCCUCCCAUGGCUCGGCCAGCUCCACCCCCUCGCAGCCCCAAUGGAACCCCUUCGACGACCACGACAGCUUCUCUGGGCAGGCCGUCGGCCUCCUGAUCAGCACGGACGACGUAAUGCCCACAGAUGUACCCUCGGAAAGUAACCUGGUGACCCUUGAUGAACUGAUUCCUGGUCUGCAGUCUUCGCCUAUCGGGGAAGGUGAGAGAGCGUCUGCCGGUCUUCUCUGUGGGGAUUCUGUGGCCUCGCUGUUGUCCCUCCCCGACCCCUUCAACGGUCUACAACUGUCAGACACACCGGCAGAGAAGCUGAUCGAAGGACUCAAGUCUCCAGAUACAUCCUCCCUCCUACUUCCUGAUCUACUCUCAUUGGCCGAUCCCUUCGGUGGUUCUUCGCAGGACUCUGCCAGAGAAACGUCGGCAGCAGACGACUCCCUGCUGGGCUGUUCCCUGACCUCCGGCGCCUCCUCCUCCACCUCCUCUGACCCUACAGGAGGAGCAGCGGGAGGAGGGGGAAGGACCAGUGGCUACUCCUCCCUCUCCUCCGCCCCCACCUCCGCCGCGGCCUCCGCGCUCGACGAGUUCAGCCUCCUGACGGGGGUGACCAUGCAGCCUCAUGCAGACUGUCUACUGCUGUCAGACUUUGACACCCAGGGGACCGCCGCAGAGGUGGGGGUCAUGGAGGAUGAGUUUGACCCCAUCCCCGUCACCGGAAGGAAGAACUCACAAGGCCAGCAGAGGGCGCCGGCUCCUCUGCCAGCCCCCAGCGGCUCCAUGCAGGCUGUAGUGGAGCUUGGUCUGACCCCCGCGCCUGAGCGCAGCCUGCCGCCUGCCACAUCACGCGCAGAAGAAGAGAAACACUCCCAUCACAUACCAGAUAAAGCCACCCCUCUUCUGUUUCAAUCUCCCCGCCGACAAUCGCCGUGGCGACCGAACGGCCCGCUCUGCCCCGACAUCUCUCACAUCCGCCGCCCCCCACCCAGUGUCAGGUCCCCGGACCCCCUUCCUGACAGGUUCCCACUGGCCCCCUGGGGUCUAAAGCAGGACCGUGCAGAGGGGGGUCCCGCUGUUAAACAACUGCAGCGCCAAACCCCCAGCCCCGUGCUGCCCGCACCCCCGCCGAGUGUCCCCGACGUCCAAUCACUCGUCAGUGCCCCCCGGUGUCUCACCGAGGCUCCGCCCCCUUACCUGCGCUACAUGGCCCCGCCCGUGUUCCAGCAGCCAAUAGCGGCGCACCGCGUGGUGUCCAGCGUGGGCCAGCAGGCGGCCGUCGGUUCAGUGGCGACCAGGUCCUCCCAGGACCCCAACCUCAGACCAGAUCCUCCCAGGACCCCAACCUCAGACCAGAUCCUCCAGGACCCCAACCUCAGAUCAGAUCCUCCCAGGACCCCAACCUCAGACCAGAUCCUCCAGGACCCCAACCUCAGACCAGAUCCUCCAGGACCCCAACCUCAGACCAGAUCCUCCCAGGACCCCAACCUCAGACCAGAUCCUCCAGGACCACCAUCUCAGACCAGGUCCUCCAGGACCACCAUCUCAGACCAGCACCUGCUGGACCCCCCUCUCUCAGACCAGAUCUUUGUGGACCGCCUUCUCAGAUCUGUUCCUCAUGGACCCCCCUCUCAGACCAGAUCCUUGUGGACCCCCCCUCUCAGACUUGUUCCCCCUGGACCCCGAUCUAAGACCAGCUCCUUCUGGACCCCCAUCUAA